AUGAAGUGGAACUACAAAAAAGCAAUGGACACAAACUCAGUAGUUACGGAGUGUGAAAUUCAGGGCAGUUUUGAUUAUGACGUCAGAAGGUAUCCUGUAGCUGAAAUAGAGUCGAAUUAUGUGGAGAGGAUUAAGAUAGAUCCGACAAAUGCGAUGAAGCAAACUGUUAGGGCUAAAGGAAAAUUAGAUUCGUUUUAUAAGGCUAUUAUACGUUAUUCUAUCGUCUCAAAACUUUCAACGCAUGAAAGUAGUUGUGUUCAGAAGAGCGAAGAUUUUGAGCCUUGCAAUGGAUGUGCACCUCCCUGUAGAUUCUCUACCCUUUCUAUGAUUGUUUCGAUAAUAAAAGUUCUGGCGCUGGUUAGCAACAACGUUGGCUUUGAAUAA